CUGGGGGGCUGAGGGCUGGAGCAAGGAGCCAGCCCUGAGCCACACACGCACCCAGCCCCAAACCAGCCUCUUGCCGAGCACGUUCUCCUCCAGCCCAGCUGGUUUUGCUCCCAGCCUGCUCCGUCUGUGCACAUUAAAGCGUUUUCUAGGUCUGAACUGCUUUUGGCAAGCCGGGCUUCUCUUGGCCUGUCCCUCUCCCCACCACCCUCCCCAUGGUUGGCUCCCCCCAUCCGCUCCCGUCUGGCUCCCGCUCCCCCUCCCCGGUCGAAGCCCUGCCAGGGCCAUGGCAAAUCAGCGAGAAGCCUGCGGGGCAAAUCGGUACAAAUGAGACCAAGCAAGAGGGUGGGGAGGGACGGUGAGGGAGGGGGGAUGGCUCCUGGGCUGGCUCUUCUGUUCCCGAGUUUGAUGUUUCCUGCAAACAACCCUGUAAAUGCUGAGGAGCGGCUUCAGACGUGACCGGCCCCCAGCCUCGGUGGGGCUUGGGUUCCAGCCCGGGGGAAACCCCUCACCCCGCAGCCUCCUGGCCCCAAGCAGGGAUCCAGCCGGGACGGGAAAGGGGGACAAGCUAGUACACAGUGGUUCCCAGAGAGGUGUGGGAAGAUCAACGCACUGUGCCCCUCUGUUCCCACCAGGAGCCAUCUCCAGGCACCCACCGCCAUGUCUAAGGACGAUGUGGGCUGCAAGUUGACCUCGGUCUACAAGCACAAGGAGAGGAAGCCGAAAAAGCCUCACUAUAUCCCGAGGCCAUGGGGCAAGCCAUACAACUACAAAUGUUUCCAGUGCCCCUUCACCUGCAUGGAGAAGUCCCACCUCUACAACCACAUGAAGUACAGCCUGUGCAAGAACUCCCUCUCCCUCCUCAUCGAGUCCGACUGGCCCUACAAGAAGGGCAACCUGCUGCACCCGGAGCUGCGGUUGCUGCACGCAGCGGAGACCUCCCGCCUGCGUGGGGACGAGCAGGAGACCUGCGACUCCUCGGCCACGUCGGGAGGGCCAGUGAGGACCAAGCAGAACAUCAGGGACAGCCACGAGGACCAGCCAAUUUCAGGGGUGGACAUCCUGCCUGCUGGUGAGGGGGCUGGUGAAGAAGGUGGCCAGUUCCAGGAGGAGGAGGAUGAUGUUGCUGGCCUCUUGAGGGAGAUGGAUGCAGGGGAGAAGAAGGAGAAAACGGUGGAGUCAGGUUGCCAAGGUGACCCAACUGAACCAGAAGUGAGUACUUUGGUCUUGGGUUUCAAGAACAAGAGGGACAAGCCUUGCAAGGAGGUGGAGCCCGACUUCAUCAUCACAGAUGUCUUCUCCCUCAAGAACCACGUCAUGAAAAGCAGGGAAAUGGCCUCCCCAGACCUAGAUACAAAGCCAAAGCAUUGCAAAGUGCCAAAGAAAUGCCUGACCAGCAGUGGCAUCCUCAUGGAGCAGUGGAAACUGGUGGCAAAUGGGCAAAGGAGGAACACACCUGAGGUCUCCUCACCUUGUACUGACAGCAACAUCAUCCCAUGCUACCCCCCUCCGGCCUACAGCGACUAUCACGAACCUCAGGGCCUCAACCUCUCACUGCUGGGUAUUAACUACCCAUUAAACCCCAGCCUCUUCUCCUACCUGAGCCCCACCAUGGCCAACAGUACUACAACACACCAACACUUGGCUCAGCUGCCCUUUCUGGCCUCCACAGCCCAGCUGAUGCACCCACAUGCUUCCCAGUUCCAGCCUCUGCAGAGCCCUGAGCGCUCAGCCUUCCUGCCCCGCUUCUACUACCCCUUGCUCUUCGAGCACACCUUUGGCUCCACUGAAAGUAAGAUGCCCUCCAGCAAGCCAGAAGCCCAGCAGCUGAUGGGCUCUGUCAUGCCCACACCAAGCCAAGCCAAACCUCCCAGUGAGCCAACCAAACCAGGGCUGCUGAAGGUCCCAGUUCUGAAGACGGGUUUUCCUUGGUCCAAAGGUGUCAGAGAUGAGCCAGCCUCCGAGCUCAGCCACCCUGCCAUGCUGGGGCAGGAGGAAGAGGAGAAAUGGUUGUGCCAGGAGAAGGAGAGCAACCCUGCACUGGGCCUCAGCAGCCUACGCAAAAAGCCAUCUGCUGACAUCUACCAAAACAUGGUGGGAAUAAAGGAUGGUCCUUUUGCCCCCAGCAGCGUCCGGAAGACAGAGCUACCAGUGGUGACCUGUCUGGAGAACACCAGCCCUCCGGGCAACUCCCUGAAGAGGAAGUUCUCUGCCAGUGGGCUGGAUUUGAUAGGACCUGAAAGGCUGAUGCCUGGAAAACUCAGCUACCAGAGCAGUGUUUCAAGGGACAACCCUGGCCACAUCCCCAAAGCCCUGAGCCACUGGCACAUGGAGGUCUUUGCAGGACAACCUGAGGAACUAGAGAGGGCCAACAACACUGAAGUUCUUCCCCCUGUGAGUGAUGGCCUGGACCAUGGCUCCUGCAAGCAGAGCAGACCACAAGAGACUUCUGCCACCAUGACAGACUCUGAGGCCACAAAUGUGCUUAUAGGGGAGCUGUCCAAAACCUUAGAGGAGUAUCAAGAGGUGGAGAAGAAACUCUCUGAUCUGGCGAAAGAGGACACCCCUGGGCAAAAGGAGCUGAGGGACCAGCUGGUCAAAAUCCGAAGGGAGCUCUACCACAUCCACCAGGCAAUGGAGAAAGCCACCAAACCCCAUGAGGGACCUCUGGACCUCUCGGUGAAGAGAUCUUCAGAAGGCCUGGAGAAGGUCCAGCAGGCCAAGAAGGAGCCCUGCAACAUGAGCUUGGGAAGUGAGAAGCUCCACAUUAAAGACCAAGGGGCCCUCAAAUGUACAGCCCCCGGGGAGGCUGAAGACGGGGGAGAGCUGCCAAAGUGCCUCCUCGAGGCUGAGAACAAAACCAUCGACCUGCUGAUAAAGAUGAGCCGCUCCGAGAGCCUGCGGGCAUCCUCCUCGGAAGCACACCUGGGUGCUGUCAUCAAAGCUGAGGUCCUGCCCCUCACCAUGCCCCUCGAGCUCCGGAGCGUGAUGGAGCCCUACUACAGCCGUACCACCAAGUGCGAGGCUGACUCCAGCGUCCUGCUGUGCUCCGAUGGCAGGUCCAGCACCAGCCAGGGCCCUCAGCUCCCGGUCCCCACUGAGGACAUGCCGCUGGGCUGCCGGGCCAUGCAGCGCUCCCUGUCCUGCAGCCUUCCCAGUGAGACAGACACAGGCUGUGUUCACAGCCCUCUGCAUGCUGACCCCUAAGUCCACCUCGCUCGAAAGCCCCUGGAUCUCACUGACCACCUCAUGCUUCACCUUCCCAGUCUCCCACCUCUCCACUCUCCCUCUCCCCCACGGAUAAAAGCUUAACCACUACCUGGCUGGGGACACAUUGCUUGGGGUCCCAGCCAGCUCCCCGAGAUGACCCCACAAAGUGUAAAAAGCCAGUCCCUGUCCUACCCCACUGUCAAAGACGGUGCUGCUGGCUCUGCAUGCUCCACAGCCUCAGCUCCCUGGUCCUGGAGCUCCCUUGGAAAGGGAAGUCACUGGCAGGCAAAAUAAGAAAGGCGCUGAAAGCACCGAGCUUCCAGAAGAAGGGUCAUCCAGCCCUCUCAUCAGAGACACUCAGGGAGUUCUGCAGCCCACCUGCCAUGGGUAGAUACCAGACAGGGUAUAUGGAAGGCCAAGCCUCAAUCCAGCCAUGGUUGCGCUGAAGCAGACUGUCCCUGUCACCUUGUACAGAGCAAAGACACAAUGGCUUCAACCCAUGGUGGAUUGAGGGUCACAGCAGGGAAUCGGAUGUGCAGCUGGACUGACCCAGAGUCCACGUACUUCUCACACUAUGAAGACAAGAACAUCCUCCCAGCCACAAUGACAAGAUAUCACAGAAACCACUUUGCCACAGCUCCACACCUGGGUCUGAGCUCUCCUGUCACGUGUCGGGGGCCACUGGGUUGUAGGAACUUUUCCUUUCCAUCAGUCCCCCGGUGUCUGGCUUCUUCUUUUGCCUUUCCACAGAAGGGACCUUCCCUGCCUCUGCACCAAUGGCCUUUCCCAUGCAGACGUAAUGCAUGUUCCUUACAAAGGCCCCAGUCCUGCAGAGCUCCCAUGAGCUCUUGCCCACUAGUCCUAAUCUCCAAAUGAUGACACAUGGGACAGCAAAAUGGGUGAGAUGAUGCUGCCAUGAACCUCACAGCUCAAGGGACAAAAACCCUAAAGUCAGCUGUGAAGGGACAAAGCUAGACCAAUGCUGAGUGGCAACCCCUCAGCCAGAGCACUGGAGAGCAACCACCCGGGGCAGAUGCCUGCUCCUUGUAGGACCCAUUGCUGUCCCAAAAGGCCACCUUCUCCCUAUGCUCACUGCGGGCUCUUGCCUCCGAUAGGCAAACUGGUACCCACCGCAGGGCAGUGACACCUCCUGUCCCCUGCCACCCUGCUGAGCAGCAUCUGCUCUGGCUCAGGAUGUCCCCAUGCUUGGGCCAGCAUAUCUUGGGCUCCCUCCCACUGUGUCAGGUAUAAUCGGCUUGCCUCAGCUUGGAAAAGCUGGGCAUCCUCUCUUCUCCCAUCCACUCUCCUGUUCAGGAGGUGGUGGGGUCUCCUGUUAGCACCAAAGGCCUUCACUGACUUGACCUGGUGGCAAUGAGAAGAGCCAGGAUGGAGACAGGAGGGCAGGACAAAGAGGACAGCAAGCAAAGGCACAAAUAAGGGACCUACACAGUACAGCAAGGGAGCUUUAGACAUUGGCUUUUCUCUGGAUAUAAAGUGGAGAAUCCUACUUUGGAUGCCUAAGAAGGCAAACCCACAUGUCAGACCUAGGAUCCACAAGUACUUUGAUGGACCCAGGCACAGAAGAGCCGGCUCUUCUCAUGUGAUUGCUCUCUGGACAAAGCUUCCACCUCAUCGGAAGGGUUUAUUUCUCACUCAAGGACUUUGCUUAGGGCACACAGGGAGAUGGUGCUGGGCCUUUCUUUCUGGGUAUGAACAGUGCUGUCAUCUUUGGAUGGUGUAAGACCAUCAGCAGAGCAGUCCUCUCCACAUCAAGCACCUUGCUCACAUCACCCACUCCCAACAGCCUGCCAGUCUUUGGAACCUCUUCUGCCACUCUCUGCCCCCCGCGUCACCCUGUGCCCCCCUGUCACCUUGUGGCCCCCUGUCACCCACCCCUCUGCAGCUCACUUGCUCACACAGCUGCUGUCCCCCAUGCCAGCACAUCCCUGUUCCUGCAUCUCAGGGCUCCCUACUGUCCCCACACCACCUUCUUUGUGCAUCUUUCAUGCCAGGACCAUCAUCCAGUACACAGAAAAGCACCCACAGGCACAGCAAAGAAGCUGGAUCCCCAUUUUCCCAUGAAAUCCUUCCUUGCCCACCCAGCCUUUACCUCCUCUGAGGAACAACCAGAUGUGUAGGUCCCUCACACACCCAGGAACCCCAUCUUAUCCCAGCCCCAAGCAUCACACUAUUUUUCUUGGCAGAUCCCCAUCUGAACGUGGGAACCUCAAAGGUCUAAGGCACCAGAGGGGUAGCUGAAAUCUGACCAGCAGCCCUGGGCUUCAGCAGUGCCCAAACCACUAGGCAGUGCUGCCUUUCACCCCUCUUAAGCUGAGAUGUUGUCUGCACAUGAGCCACCUCUCCCUCCCCAGCCCUUGACUCCAUCCUGCCACCCUGAGCUGGGAUGUUUGGAAGCUGCCCUGCUCCAUGGUGCCCAUGGCUGAGAGCUGGGCACCUCUCCCAUGAAUGGAGCCAGCACCAGCAUCCACGAGCCAUCCACCAUCACUCUCCACGUCACUCCUGGAAGCCGGGGGGUGAGUUGAAGGUGGGGGCUGAUCACACAGUAUUUAUUGUUCACAGUUUUACGAAUGUACAAAACAAAAACCAAACCAUUAAAGAGAAAAACCUCCGA